AUGACAUCGAGAAGUAAAAAUGCUGUUCGCAGCUAUGAAACCGAGAUAGAGAAGAGUCGCGAAGAAUCAAAUUGGAAGAAGGUAGUGGACUUAGCCCAACAGCUGAAAUCCAGGUCUCCACAGCACGAAAGCCUUGCCCAUUUCCUCAUUGGUGAGGGAAAACUCGAAGUAUAUUUAGACGAAUGGCCUCCAAUCAAAGAGAACAUUGAAAGAGCCCAACGGGAGCUGUCUGAAGCCCGUGGAUACUUAACCUUGGCUACGGAUGAGGCAGGAAAGAAAGCUGGAGUGGCUCUUGACGCUCAUCUACUGCUUGGAAAGCUAAAUUAUGCUUGUGGGGCUUAUGAUGAAUCACUGAAGCAAUAUAAUCUGGCUGAAUUAAGUACUUUAACAGAAAAGGAGUUACCAGUACGGAGUCUCCGGAUCGUAGCCGAGUCGUAUGCUAUAAAAGGUCUCUGUCUUGAACAGAAUGCGCUACCAGGAUCCACGAGUCGAUUUAAGCAGGCUGAAAGAGAAUCUGAAUUGAUCAGAAGUUUCGAGUUGGCAUCGGAACUGACGCUGCUGUACCUGCAGCGGGCGCAGGCGGCUCGCGCGGGAGUCGUGCUGGAGACCGCGCUGCAGCGGGCGCCGCUGCUGCACAUACGGGCGGGCAGGCUGCAGAGUGCUAUUGACAGGUACCGGGAAAUGUUAACCGCUGUGGAAUCAGUAUCAACGCAAUCUUUACGCCUGACGUUGGCUAGACAACUUGCUGAAGUGCUGAUGAGAGGUGUCACUGGACAGGUGUACAAAGCUCCGGAAGCACUAGUGGUUACACCUCAACAGGGCACUUUGACCAGGCGAAGGGAAGAACAUGUCUCCGAAGGACCUUGGAAGCCUAAAAAAUAUGCCGCAAUUAACCAGUUCGUGCCGCGCAACGAGUACGAGGAGGUAAUGCUGGUGCUGCUGGUGGGCGAGGCGAUGGCGGUGCGCGACGCGGUGCUGUCGCAGAGCGCGGAGUUCGAGGCGGCGCGCGCGCACUCGCUGCGCAACGCGGUCGCGCUCGUCGACCUGCUGGCGCUCGCCGCCGUGCGCUGGGGACAGCUGCCGCUGCUGCUCGAGUCGCUGGAGCGCGCGAUGAAGUUCUCGUUCGGGUGCGCGCACGUGUGGCGCGCGCGGGCACUCGCCGCCGCCGCCGCCGCGCGCCCGCUUGCCGCUUCGAACUCGCCCUCAGGCAGCGGCGCGUACCGCGGGCAGGGCGCGGGCGUGCGCGCGCUGGGCGUGUGCCGGCGCGCCGCCGCGCUGCGCCGCCACGACGCGCCGCUGCGCCUGGUCGCCGCCAGCAACUGCUUCCGCGCCGGCUGGAUAGAGGAAGGUAUAGAGAUGGCGGAUGAAGCGUUGGCGAUAGAAAUUGAGAGAAAUGGUCCAAUGUUAGCACGGUGCUACCUAUACUCCGGCAUUGGGCAUCAGAUGAGAGCGCAGAAAACAAAUUCUCGUAUCGAGAAGGACGCUGCGAACGAUUUGAGCUUAAAGCAAUUGUUAAAGUCAGUGGAACUGGACGACAACGACCACCUGGCCUUCUACCAUCUAGCGUUGCAAUAUAUGUACAUAGGAAUGUUGAAUGAGGCAAUGGAGGCGACGCGCGCUUGCCUACGCGCGCGCGCGGAGUGCGGCGGCGGGCUGCGGCUGUGCGCCGCGCUGUGGGCCUGCGCCGGCGCCGGCCGCCGCGCCGCGCGCGCGCUGCACGCCGCGCGCCUGGCGCGCCACCACUACCCGCACGCCGAGUGGCCGCUCUGGGCGCUCGCCGCGCUGCAGCUCGUCUGGGAGAGUGGCGACGCGGCCCUCGCUACAGGCAAAGAACUACUUAAGCUACUGAACAGUACAGAAGCGGAAUCAGACAUAGAACAGAACGGGUAUGCUGAGCUGGAAGCGUUAUCUGACUCACAACACGACGACACGCAGAGCAAUAGAGAUGCAGUGUCGAUUCGCGCGGAGUCUGCGGGCGCGUUUGUUGCGGAGCGCGCGCUGUCGGACGUGGAGGGCGGCGAGGCGGCGCGCGCGCACGCGCUGUCGCCGCUGCAGCAGCACCGCGCGCACGCCUGGCUGCUGCUCGCCGACCUCUGCCUCAGGCUGGACCGCACGCACGCUGCGGCUGGAUGUGUGUCGGAAGCGGCCGCCCUCACGCCGCACAGCCAUCUCGUGCUCUACACUCGUGGAUUGGUUCACGCGGCAAGUUCGGAGUGGGAGGAGGCGAGACAAUGCUUUCAGAACGCGUUAGCAAUACACCCUACGCACCUAGACAGUAUGGUUCAGCUUGGGUCGGCGUACUACGAGCUGGGCUGGCUGCGGCUGGCGGAGCGCGCGCUGCGCGAGGCGGGCGCGCUGGGCCCGCUGCGCGCCGACACGUGGCGGCGCCUGGCGCUCGUGCUGGGCGCGCUGGGCGAGCCGGCCGCCGCCGCCGACGCCGCCGCCGCCGCGCUGCAGCUGCACCCCGCCGCGCCGCUCGCCGCGCCGCUCGCCGCGCCGCUGGCGCUCGACCUGCCGCUCUGA